AUGCCUAAAAUAACAAAGUAUGACGGGACAGGCGACCCGGAGAAACACUUAAGCCCUUAUAAAACUCAUAUGAGCCUUAGAGGCGCCACCCCAACUAUGAAGUGCAGAACUUUUCAUUUGACACUUACCAGAGCGACUGAAAUCUGGUAUAGUCGACUGCCACAUGGGAGCAUAAGGAGUUGGCCAGAAUUUAAGAACACUUUCCUAAAAAUGUUUGCAGUGAGCAAAGAGGGAGAAACCCCUAUCCAGCGCCUUCAAGACAUGAGACAAGCGCAUGGGGAAUCCCUAAAAAGCUUUUUAUCGUGCUUUACUGAUGAAAUGACAUGCUGCAUGCAAGUCGCCGAUCAUGAGGCUUUAGCAGCCCCAAGAGUAGGUCUGAAUACAAACACCCUGUUUUGGAGGGAAGUGCAAAAUCAAGAUCCCACCACCUAUGACGCCCUAUUAGAAAUGAUAAGGUGGGAGAUUAUCAAUGAAGAGCUAAUUGAAAACAGAAAUCGGGCCAAUAGAGGCUUCUCACCUCAACAAAGACAGCGCGCCAGGGGACCGACCUCCCACUUGAUGGACCACCAGAUAAACCCCCCUGGUAAUGGAAAUUCAAGGCAAGCACUUGUCGCAACCACUCUGAACGUCGAGGAGGAGGUUUGGGGACUAGGAAUAGGCCUAAUCAGAACCCCCGAUUAUUGUACAUACCACCACUUCUAUGGUCACGACACAUCCGAGUGUCGGGAGUAUACAUACUGCAAUCGACGGGAACACCCUCAAGACAGGAGGAAUGAGUCGCCACAGGCAAAUAGACCCCCGCCCAGGAAUGACCGGCGACCUAGGCAUGAGGAGACUACGCCCCGCUAG